AUGGAUAAGAUAUGGGAUGAAGAAGGUAUGGGAAAAAUACUAUAUGGAGAAGAUAUGGGAAGAGUGGGUAAGUUAUGGGAUGAAGAAGGUAUGGGAAAAAUACUAGAUGGAGAAGAUAUGGGAAGAGUGGUUAAGAAAUGGGAUGAAGAAGGUAUGGGAAAAUACUGGAUGGAGAAGAUAUGGGAAGAGUGGUUAAGAUAUGGGAUGAAGAAGGAAACGAAGAACGGAAUGAAUGCAGGAAGGACGAACGGGAUGAAUGCAGGAAGGAAGAACGGGAUGAAUGCGGGAAGGAAGAAUGGGAUGAAUAAGAGAAGGAAGAAUGGGAUGAAUGAGGGAAGAAAGAAUGGGAUGAAUGAGAGAAGGAAGAAUGGGAUGAAUGAGGGAAGGAAGAAUGGGAUGAAUGAGGGAUGGAAGAAUGGGAUGAAUGAGAGAAUGAAGAAUGGGAUGAAUGAGAGAAGGAAAAAUGGGAUGAAUGAGAGAAGGAAGAAUGGGAUGAAUGAGGGAAGGAAGAAUGGGAUGAAUGAAAGAGGGAAUAAUGGGAUGAAUGAGGGAUGGAAGAAUGUGAUGAAAGAGGGAAGGAAGAACGGGAUAAAUGAGAGAAGGAAGAAUGGGAUGAAUGAGAGAAGGAAAAAUGGGAUGAAUGAGAGAAGGAAGAAUGGAAUGAAUGGGAGGAUGAAUGAAGGAAAGGACAAUAGGAUAAAUUAUGUUUCAAGAUUCAUCAACUCUGUUAAAAGAAAAAGUAGAUUUUAUGGAAAACAGGGAGUCCCAGAGAAGUUCUCAAUGAAAAUUACUUUCCUGGAAGAACCUCCUUUUAUCAUUGUAUCUGAGCCGGAUCCUGUGUCUGGACGAUGUUCUAUGAACCGGGGAGUGGCCUGCCUGACUAGAAGUGUUGAAAAUGAAAAGUCUGAGAAUGAAACCUUGACAAGAAUGUGCUGCUCUGGUCUUCUUAUUGACUUGCUCAGAAAGUUUGAGGAUGAUCUUGGCUUUAACUAUGAUCUUAUCAGAGUGGAUGAUCCAAAGUGGGGAACCCUGGAGAAUGGAAAGUGGAAUGGUUUGAUGGGAGUGUUGGUGAAUAAGAAAACUGAUAUGGUUUUAUCAUCUCUCAAGAUAAGCCGAGAACGUGAGAAGGAUGUUGAUUUUACUGUUCCCUUCCUGGAAUCUGGGAUUGCAAUUGUUGUUGCAAAAAGAACUGGGAUUAUCUCUCCAACAGCUUUCUUAGAACCAUUUGACAUAAACUCGUGGAUGCUGGUGGUGUUGGUUGCUGUACAGGCUGCCGCGCUCUCCAUUUUUAUUUUCGAGUGGCUUUCUCCGGCAGGAUAUGAUAUGAAGGUUCUACCAACUAAAACUGGACAUAGGUUCUCCUUGUUCCGAACCUACUGGUUGGUCUGUGCAGUACUGUUCCAGGCCUCUGUUCAAGUUGAUUGUCCUAGAGGACUUACAUCUAGGUUUAUGUCGAGUAUUUGGGCACUGUUCGCAGUCGUCUUCCUUGCCAUCUACACUGCGAACCUUGCCGCGUUCAUGAUUCCUCGGAAGGAAUAUCAUGACCUCACCGGACUCACGGAUUCAAGGAUUAGUAAUCCUCAAAGCCAUAAACCUCCACUCAAGUUUACCACUCUACCCUACUCCCAUGCUUACGUAACCCUGCAGAAGUACCAUGCCGAGGUGUACGACCACAUCAAGUCCAACAAACUGAUCUUUAACACAUCAGAGCAUGCGGUCCAGGCGGUUAAAGAAGG